AUGGAGUGGUUCUGGUUCUGGCAGUGGGUCAGGAUCAGGAUCUGGUUCUGCCAGUGUGGGUCAUGGAGUGGUUCUGGUUCAGGAGGAUCGGGCAGCAGUUCAGGUUCAAUCAGUGGUUCCUGGGGAGGCAAUGGUGGAGGAUCCGGUAGUGGUUCGGGAUCGGGUUCAAUAUCUGGAGGUGGCUCAGGCAGCGGUUCAGGAUCUGGUUCCAUUUCUGGAGGCGGUUCGGGAUCCGGUUCAGGAAGUGGUUCAUGGGGCGGUUCUGGUAGUGGUUCAGGAUCUGGUUCCAUCUCUGGAGGCGGUUCAGGAUCUGGUUCCAUCUCUGGAGGCGGUUCAGGAUCUGGUUCAGGAAGUGGUUCAUGGGGCGGUUCUGGCAGUGGUUCAGGAUCUGGUUCCAUCUCUGGAGGCGGUUCAGGAUCUGGUUCCAUCUCUGGAGGCGGUUCAGGAUCUGGUUCCAUCUCUGGAGGCGGUUCAGGAUCUGGUUCAGGAAGUGGUUCAUGGGGCGGUUCUGGCAGUGGUUCAGGAUCUGGUUCCAUCUCUGGAGGCGGUUCAGGAUCUGGUUCCAUCUCUGGAGGCGGUUCAGGAUCUGGUUCAGGAAGUGGUUCAUGGGGCGGUUCUGGCAGUGGUUCAGGAUCUGGUUCCAUCUCUGGAGGCGGGUCAGGAUCUGGUUCAGGAAGUGGUUCAUGGGGCGGUUCUGGCAGUGGUUCAGGAUCUGGUUCUAUCUCUGGAGGCGGUUCAGGAUCUGGUUCCAUCUCUGGAGGCGGUUCAGGAUCUGGUUCAGGAAGUGGUUCAUGGGGCGGUUCUGGCAGUGGUUCAGGAUCUGGUUCCAUCUCUGGAGGCGGUUCAGGAUCUGGUUCAUGGGGCGGUUCUGGUAGUGGUUCAGGAUCUGGUUCCAUCUCUGGAGGCGGUUCAGGAUCUGGUUCCAACUCUGGAGGCGGUUCAGGAAGUGGUUCAUGGGGCGGUUCUGGUAGUGGUUCCAUCUCUGGAGGCGGUUCAGGAUCUGGUUCCAUCUCUGGAGGCGGAUCAGGAUCUGGUUCAGGAAGUGGUUCAUGGGGCGGUUCUGGCAGUGGUUCAGGAUCUGGUUCAAUUUCUGGAGGCGGUUCGGGAUCCGGGUCAUGGGGCGGUUCUGGUAGCGGUUCAGGAUCUGGUUCCAUUUCUGGAGGUGGCUCAGGCUCCGGUUCAGGAAGUGGUUCUUGGGAGGCUCUGGUAGCGAUCAGGUUCUGGCUCGAUUUCUGGUGGAAGCGGUGGUUCCUGGGGUGGUUCAGGAUCAGGUUCAGUAUCCGGAGGAGGUUCAGGAAGCGGUUCAUGGGGUGGUUCAGGCAGCGGCUCAGGAUCGGGCUCAAUCUCUGGUGGAGGCGGUGGUUCCUGGGGUGGGUCAGGCAGUGGUUCAGGAUCGGGUUCAAUCUCAGGAGGAGGAUCUGGAAACUGCCCUGGUUCAUGCGGCGGAGGGAGUGGUUCAGGCCAUCAAGUGGGCGGGAGUGGCGGCGGAGUAGCAGGGGCCGGCAGCGGUUCAUACACCAACAAGCCAGGCGUCGGCGGUUCAGGGCACAAGUGGGAGGCAGCGGCGGAGGUUUUCGGAGGCGCCAAGGGACCUCCUGGAGCACAGCCGGGGCUUUCGGGUCCAACGGCGCCGGAGGUAUCGGGGUCAAGGUGGACGUUUUGCAGGAGCAACUAGGGUAA